AUCAUCCAGCAGUAGGACGGGGUGAAAGAUAUGACAUGAAGAGAGGUGAGUUCCACCCAAGGUGCAGGACACAGGAAACUGGGUGAGAAUCGGGAAGGGGAAUGAGAUUAAAUAGCCAUCGUAGAGUACUCCAGUGCCAUGCCUGCACAAUAACAAGAGGAACACUUUAGAAACUGUUGGGGGGAGGAAAGUCAAAGGGCUGAUAAGUGGCUUUGUUAGGGGAACAGAGCAAGAGGCAAUUAAUAUCUUAGUGGUAAGGCUUACUAGAGCUAGUGGGGGUUGGGGCUGAUAUGGUUAAAGUAAGUUGUAGGGGGAAUGGGAGCCAGAAUGACAGAACAGAUAGUGGAGAUGGUGAAUUGAAUUGACUUUAUUAUGUACAUCCUUCAUAUAGAUGAGUAGAAAUAUUUACAUUACAUUACUGUCUAAAUGUGCAAUGUGUAAUUGAAAUUGAUUUAUAAUGUUUAGUUUGUAUAUAGGACAGUCAAGAAAGCAAUUAAUCAGUCUGAUGGCCUGGUGGAAGAUGAUGUCCCGGAGCCUGUUGCUGUGGUACCGUUUCCUGGAUGGUGGCAGCAAGAACAGUUUGUGGUUGUGAACUUUUUUAGGUGUAUAAGAUGAUGAGGGGUAUUGAUCGUCUGGAUAGCCAGAGGAUUUUUCCCAGGGCUGAAGUGUCUAACACGAGGGAGCAGAGUUUUCAGGUGCUUGGAAAUAGAUACCGACGGGAUGUUGGGGUAAGUUUUCUACACAGAGCCUGGUGGGUGCAUGGAAUACACUGCCGACUUCACUGUUUCAGUUACUGUGGGGCCAGGCAGCUCAGUGGGAACAAGGAAUAAUACCAAUGGAGAGAGUCAAACUCAGCCAAGGUACAAAUUGGAGAUGGCAGAAAUGCCUGAUUCUUAUAGAAACGGGAACAGCAUCAGGGAAUUGAUGGUCAUUCCAGAUACCAGCACUGUGUCCAGUUACAAGAUGAUUUCUCUCACCAACUUGGGUUGAACCUCACUUUAACAGUGUGAUGUCAGAUCACACCUUGACAACUCAAGUGAUCUCAUCUGAAAUGUUGUCCUACACACAUUGAUGGAUUUUGUAAAUCUUUUUACAGGUUAAAAAUGACAAGGAAUUUGUCUACGGGAAUCCCGAACACAACACACCAGUUUUGCUGUCUCUGUCCAGAUACUUAAGAAGAGGAGCAAGCGAUUCACUCGAUCAUCCUUCCUGCUCAGACUGCGGAGAGGGAUUCACUCGAUCAUCUGACCGACUGGCACGCCUGUAAUUUCAAACAUCUGCUCAGACAGUGGGAAUGGAUUCAGUCGGUCAACUCAACUGAAGGUACAGCAGCAAGUUCACACAGGGACGAGACCAUUCACCUGUUCUGUGUGUGAGAAGGGAUUCAGUCAGUCUUCCCACCUGCAGACACACCAGUCAGUUCACCCUGGGCAGAGGCUGGUCAUCUGCUGAAUUUGUGGGGAAGGAUUCACUCGGUCAUCUGACCUAAUGGCUCACCAGCGAGUUCACACUGGAGAGAGGCCGUUCACCUGCUUGGACUGUGGGAAGGGGUUCACUUGGUCAUGCCAUCUGAAGCUACAUCAGAGAGUUCACACUGGGGAGAGGCCAUUUACCUGCUCAGUCUGUGGGAAGAGAUUCACUCAGUCAUCCAGCCUAAUGGCUCACCAGCAAGUUCACACUGGAGAGAGGCCGUUCACCUGCUUGGACUGUGGGAAGGGGUUCACUCAGUCAUGCCAUCUGAAGGUACAUCAGCGAAUUCACACUGGGGAGAGGCCGUUCACCUGCUCAGACUGUGGGAAGGGAUUCACUCAGUCAUCUGAACUGAAGGUACAUCAGCGAGUUCACUCUGGUGAGAGGCCAUUCACCUGCUCAGACUGUGGGAAAGGAUUCACUCAGUCAUUUAAGCUCAAAAUACAUCAGCGAGUUCACACUGGAGAGAAGCCGUUCACCUGCUCAGACUGUGGGAAGGGAUUCACUCAGUCUGCCCACCUACGAUCACACAUGUCAGUUCACACUGGGAAGAGGCCGUUUACCUGUUCAUACUGUGGGGAGGGAUUCAUUUUGUCAUCACAGCUGCUGGCACAUCAGCGAGUUCACACUGGGGAGAGACCGUUCACCUGCUCAGACUGUGGGAAGGGAUUCACUCAGUCGUACAGCCUACUGGUUCACCAGCGGCUUCACACCGGCGAGCGGCCGUUCACCUGUUCGGACUGUGGGAAGGGAUUCACUUGCUUAGCUAAACUGAAGCUACAUCAGAGAGUUCACACUGGAGAGAGGCCGUUCACCUGCUCAGACUGUGGGAAGGGAUUCAUUUGCUCAUCUGAACUGAAGGUACAUCGGAGAGUUCACACUGGGGAGCGGCCGUUCAUCUGCUCAGAAUGUGGGAAGGGAUUCAUUCAAUCAUCCACUCUGAAAGUACAUCAGCGAGUUCACACCAGAGAGAGGCCAUUCACCUGCUCAGAGUGUGGGAAGGGAUUCACUCAGUUAGGUAACCUACAAGCACACCAGCGAGUUCACACUGGGGAGAGGCCGUUCACCUGUUCAGACUGUGGGAAGGGAUUCACUCAGUCAUCCAGCCUACAAGCACACCGGUCAGUUCAUACUGGGGAGAAGCUGUUCACCUGCUGAAGCCUGAAUUAUACCUCUGCAUAGACGCUAUGCCAUUGUGAGCAUUUCUCCUUGUGAUUUUGUGUGUCUGCAUCACUGCCAAAAUGCUAGUUGGUGUUGGGGUUCUGUGCUACUGUGUUGAAUUGACUUGUGUUGAGUUGCGAACAAUGGCGACUGCUGACUACAUCUUGUUGGAGUUGGAGCUAAUCAAUGUUGCAGAAGUGUUACUUUUUUUGAAAUUACUGCAACGCAGAAAAAUGAGAAGUUUUUCCAUUACCUUUUGCAGUCCAUGAUGUCCAAAGCAAUGUUGGAAAUUUCUUUGCACGAUUUUGAUGCCAUUUUCAAGUCUUUAUUGUCUGCCAAUGAAGAGUCGUG